AUGACGCCGCGCGAGAAGGACGUCGUCGACGUCGCGACGACGACCUCGAAGCGAAGCGACGUCGGGAAGCACAAGCGCGGGAGCGGGCGGCGCGCGCGCGAGAGGCACGACGACGCGUGGCGGAAGAAAAAGUGCGGCGACGGCGACGGCGACGACGUCGACGCGAACGACGACGACGCGCCGUUCGUCGCCGGCGGCCCGAGAGAGGCCGCGUCGUCGUCGUCGUCGCGCGGAGGAUCGACCGCCGCGAAGACGUCGCCGGAGUGGGAGGACACGAUCGCGUGGCUCGAGACGGAGCUCCGCGGUCUUCAGAUCGCGCGCAACUACCCCCACAUCCUCGAUGACGCGCUCGUGAUCCUCGCGCGAUGGCGCGACGAGUUCCCUAAGAGCGCGUGGUCGCGCGUGGUCGGCUCCGGUCGCGUCGCGAAGGAGCUCAACGAGUGCGCGCCCGCGAUUCAGCACGCGAUGGACGUGACGAGCGCGAUGCCGAGCGUGGACGCGGACGCGGUGAGACGCGGGGAAGUCGUGGACGACCGCGCGACGAUCGUCGACCUGUGCAGCGGGUUCGGCUACCUCGGGAUGUUUCUGAGCGAGAUGCUAGACCCGAGCAAAGUGAAAGCGAUCGAGCUCGUGGACAAGCAGUGGCCGAUGUGGACGGCGGCGAGGCCGACCGCGUCGCAGAUCAACUGGGACCACAUCAGAGGCGUCGAAGGCGUGAGGGCGUCGGAGCUCGGCGGUGAUCGUCGUCGCGAUCGCGGCGGGAAGAAAAAGAACGGCCCAAACGCAAACGCCGACGCCGCCGACGCGAACGCGAACGCGAACGACGAAGAGGACGCGGCGGCGACGGUCGACUGGACGCCGUCGUACCCGAUCGAGAUCACCACGCGGAAGAUCGACAUCAAGCAGGCGUCGCAGCUGCGGCAGAUGGAGAGGCACCUGUUCGCGAAGCGCGACGGCCCGUUCGUCGUGUUGGGGGUCCACCUCUGCGGGACGUUAUCUCUCAAGGUUCUAUCUCACACUGGUUCCCAUACGACCGCGUCGGCGUGGUGA